UCCCCUUUUCUGUCCUGCUCCGGGCGCUGGCUCCUUCCCCCUCAGUGCCUCGGAGGAGGGGACGGCAACACCAUGGCCCCCAGCAGCGUCCGCCAGACCUGCUGCUGCUUCAACGUCCGCAUGGCCACCACCGCCCUGGCCAUCUACCAUGUGAUCAUGAGCGUGUUGCUGUUCAUCGAGCACUCGGUGGAGGUGGCCCACGGCAAGGCCUCCUGCAAGCUCUCGCAGACGGGCUACCUCAGGAUCGCCGACCUAACCUCCAGCUUCCUGCUCAUCAUCAUGCUCUUUGUCAUCAGCUUGAGCCUGCUGAUCGGUGUGGUCAAGAACCGGGAGAAGUACCUGCUGCCCUUCCUGUCCCUCCAAAUCAUGGACUUCCUCCUGUGCCUGCUCACCCUGCUGGGCUCCUACAUUGAGCUGCCCGCCUACCUCAAGUUCGCCUCCCGCAGCAGCCGGGCCGGCCCCUCCAAGGUCCCACUGAUGACCCUGAAGCUGCUGGAUUUCUGCCUGAGCAUCCUGACCCUCUGCAGCUCCUACAUGGAAGUGCCCACCUAUCUCAACUUCAAGUCCAUGAACCACAUGAAUUACCUCCCCAGCCAGGAGGGCAUGGCUCAUAGCCAGUUUGUCAAGAUGAUGGUCAUCUUCUCCGUCGCCUUCAUCACCGUCCUCAUUCUGAAGGUGUACAUGUUCAAGUGUGUGUGGCGAUGCUACAGAUUCAUCAAGUGCACGAAUUCGACCGAGGAGAGGAGCAGCUCCAAGAUGCCCCAGAAGGUGGUCCUGCCAUCUUACGAGGAAGCUGUGGCCCUGCCAUGCAAGACUCCGGAGGGGGACCCAGCGCCACCGCCAUACUCAGAAGUGUGACGCCCGCCAGGCCCCAGCCCUGGCGCUGUGAGGGGCGGAGCUGCCUUGCAAUCCGCUUCUUUGCUUUGGGGCCCCUGCGGCCUGGGUGCACCGCCCGGCUGACUUCAGGACCAUCUGCUUGUGUCCCCCUCGCUGGCCUGCUUUUCCUGCGGGACCUGGGAGAUGCUCGCCAUUGGGUCAACCCUUUCGGCUGAAUGACUCCUUGGGUCUCAAAAAUUCAGUCCCACACUCAGCUUAUUUUGAGCAGCUCUGACAUUUGUUUAAAGGAUUGGUCAUCCUAAACUCAGGGAAUUUGGUUAAACAACCCCCACUUGACCAGUUUAACCAAGUGGCUGACAAACCAGACACACUUGUCAGUUCAGUAAAGUAAUCCGGUCCAACAGCAACAGUCUGUUGCGCUGGUUUAUAAAUAGUUGCCUGUUCACAGAGCAGUUUAGCCAAGUAAUCAGCAGUGAGUUCUCCUACCGGAAACGUAUAUCCGAUUUCUUGAAAUGGCUUGCUUUAAACACUGAUCGAGUCAGCACCCAUCAGUCAAUACAGAAUAGUGAUAAAGUUCAAUAAUAAAAAAAAAAAUCAAAUUAAUCCCCAAACCAUACAAUUCAAUCUAAUCCGAAAACCAGCUGCCCACUCUGGUCAAUCCAUCCCUUCUAAGGGGCCGAAUCACUGUUAAUUCAAAUGAGGAUUCAGUCACACUGUUGCCAAACUGGCAUUCAAUGUCUAGUUCCGGGAAAUAAUAAUUGUUUCAAUCAUCAAACAGUCCCUUCGAAUACACAACUGCUUUGCUAACGAGUGGUCAUGAUCAACCAUCACUCGCACGUGGUCAGUGUGGGCACACGGCAGUGGGCUCUCCUCGCCACGCUCACCCCUGGUAAGGAGCAGUCAGGCCAUCCCUCAGGCCAGCCGGUUUGCCGCCGACUCGGUGGAGGGGCCUCAGUUCUGCCCGAUGCCUGUGGUCAAGCAGAAAUUCAGCCCUGAAAUCAGGCAAAUUCGUUUGUUGGACUAAAUCCACAGGUCAGUUCAGUCAAAACAGGCAAACCCUGAGUGGGCGCAGAUGCCGCCCAGGGGCCGUGCUGGUGGUGGGGGAGGGGAAGCUUUGAGCCCCCAACACCCGCUGCUCUGCCUGCUCCCUGCGGCCAGGGUUCCCCAGGGGGCUGACCCACAGGCGGAGACGGGGCCACGGAGGCAGGUUCUCCGGGGUCUGUGGGGGGUACGGAGGGAGAGGGCUGUGCUAGGGGCUCCCCACCGGCACCCCCUUGUGUAAUUGCUUUGUGUGCGACGGGGAAGAAUUUUCAAUAAAGCAGCAACACGCUUCUCUCUG